AUGGCAGAAGGGAUCGGCAAGUCGUCUGAACCUUUGGAGAACACCGUCUUCUUUGGAACGUCGGGACACGUCGACAGCCGGGGUGAGGUUGAAGAUAAACAGAACGUCCUAUCGAACUCAUUAUCUCUUGAUGGCGUCACGAGUGGAUCUUGUGCCACAUCCAUUGUCGACAGGCCACUGCAAGCUGACAGGACCUCGUCUUCUUAUCGGGAAGUCAAUGGCAAAGACGCGUCGACUAGCCCCAAGACAAAGAACAAUGAGCAGUCCCGCACCAGCAGGGCUCAACAAAUCGCACCGCGUGCUCUUCUCCUCUUCGUAUGCCUUGCCUACUUGGCCAUCUCAUUCAUGACAAUCGACGUCGGCCUAGGCGCCAUCUCGAAGCACCUCGUUGUACGUCUCGACAAUGCUAAGCUCCAGCUAAACGCCGCCAUGGACGAUCGAUUUCGAGAGAAAGUGCUUUACCAGCGACUCGAUGCAAUUAUGUCUACGCCGCUCAGCAGAGGCUUCAUGGAGAUAUAUGAGGAAUGUCUCGUACGCGGACUUCAAACAGCCAACGCUCAGAUGCCUGUCCCCGGCUGGACCGAUUACGCAGAUAUUCGUGACCAGACUAUCAAGUGGACGACGGAGAAUUGCGGGAGGCUUCUGUAUUCGCCACAUGUUAUGCGACCGGCUGUGCAACACGCCAUCCCGAUGUACUGGGCAAACUUACGCUAUCGUUCCCGCCUGGUCGCAGAGAAAACUCUGGAGUUCAUACGACAGAGGACCGAUGUGGCCUUGAACUGGUGGUAUAGAAAGGGCUACAUGGAUGCAGCUCCUAUCAAGAAGGAAGGGCAUCUCAACGUCCAGGACCCGCCUCAGCCGCGCACGAGGGUGCCCUUCGGAUUCGAUCUGCAAUGCAAUCCGCCGACUCCCUGCCGCCUUAUGUAUCCUUCUUCCCAGUGCCAAGAACGCGUCAAGAAAGGUGGAGAGACACUGCCACCAGGUAGUAUCGGUGAAUGCUCUGACAAGAAGAAGAUAUCAGAAAAGGAUACCGCACGAGCGCAUCGCAGGGUUGCCAACCUGACUUUACUCUGUACCAAAAUCGGCAAACUCAUAGCCAUGAACGCCCUCGUGCUCCGCUUCUUUCUAUCCAUGGAAUGCAGCUGGGCUCUCAUGUACCUUCUAGCAGCCAUAAGUACGCUCAACAAGACAUCGCUUUAUACAUUCAAGUCUGGAUUGGCUCAAUUCAAUGUCCGCAAAACCUUCUAUCAGGCUUCAGAGGAAGCAAAAUAUACCAUCGGCACCAUCAUCAUUCAACUCUGUGCCUGGUUGGCGUAUGCAGUCGUAGCUCGUUUCUCCUGUGAUGAGUACCACAUAGCUUGUCUUGCGGGCAUGGCACUCGUCUUCGCUGGCCUCUCACAGCUUACAAACUUCUUCUUCCCUAUCGAGCAGGUGGAGCACAUCUUCCAGAUCGUCCACGUUGUCAAGGAGCUGUAUCUAGUGAUUCGAGGUCGGGAUCCCAACGAGAAGCCGGAAGACACUGUAAAGUCAGCAGAUGCAGAAGGUAAGAUUACUGCUGUUAACGCCCCCCGUCAGCCCGCUUCACCAUCAACGACGAUCGAGGAGGAUAUCCAGGCGAUCAGGCACCAGGGUGGACUUUCUCUUGCGUCUGUCUCGGAAUUCGCAAUCGAGACGGAUACUGAGUCGGACACUGAGAGCGGGUACACUGGUGGCGAGGACACAGAUCAUGAGGAUACUGACAGCGAGGGCUUCGUUGACGUUGCUGGUGGUGUGACGCCUACGGUGUUUGGAGCUGCUUCUGGCUGGUCAGUUGUUGAUGGAUGA